AAAAUCUCUUUGCUGCAAAAGAGGGAUAAUCAUCUUCUUCCUGCAGAUUCGACAUUAAUCACCACCACCACCACCUCUUCUUCCUCCCUGAGUCCCCGUUGACGCCGGACGAAAGUACGCCACCGGACAUCGUCGUCUUCUACAAUACCUUAUCGGUCUCAGCCACUUAUCAUUUUGGAUCGAUUUCUCUCACGCCUCGUCGUCCCUUAGAGCAUUAGGUUUCCAUCUGUUUCACCUCCCUUUUCGUCGUCUCUAUCAUCAGUUAAAAAGAAGAUAUGGAUGUUGACAUUGACCAUUAUGUUAUUCUUGGAUUGCCAUCUGGUGAAGAAGGAUCCAAGCUUUCAGAGAAAGAGAUAACAAAAGCAUACAGGUCAAAGGCUUUGGAACUGCAUCCUGACAAGAGACCUGACGACCCCAAUGCUCAUGCCAAUUUUCAUAAGCUGCAAACUUCUUAUCAAAUCCUCAAGGAUGAAAAAGCUAGGAAACUUUUUGAUGAUCUUAUUCGAGUUAAACUUCAGAAACGUCAACGCCAAUCACAACAAGAUUCCAAGCGUAGGAGAAUGAUGUCAGAUCUUGAAGAAAGAGAGCGCACUGCUUUUGCUGAUGAUCCAACUGCUAGAGCUAGAGGUGAAGAAGAGAGUAUUGCCAGGAAACUUAAAGAAGAAAUUAGUAGAAUCCGCGCAAUGUAUGCCAAUAAAACAACUGGAACGUCGCCUUUAGAGAAAGAAACAGUAGUUGGACGGAAAAGUAGUGUGGGUGGAGGCCCUAGUGCUACAGAUAAGGAGAAGAUGCUUAAGGUUUCAUGGGAGAAGGUUGGUCUGGAUUAUAGUGCACAAACACUGAGGGAGUUAUUUGAAACAUUUGGUGAGGUCAAAGAUGUGGUUAUUAGGAGUUCCAAGAAAAAAGGAUCAGCCCUUGUCGUCAUGGCUACCAAAGAAGCAGCUAUUGCUGCGACUGGAACUGUAUGUGGGGAUCUCUCGAAUCCUUUGUUAGUAGUACCCCUACAACCAGCAGUAACUAGUGCUUUUCCAACAGCCCGUGAGCCUGUGGAGUCUGAUGGUCCGAAGCUAAAUGAAGACCUUGUUGGCGCUAGAUAUCAAGCGUUUGAAGAUUCUGUCUUACAGAAACUGCAGAAGGUUUGACCUGCACAUGAAUCUCUUUAUCAUGCUGCCCAGAGACAAAAAUGAUGUAUAAAUAAAUUCCAAAUACCAGAAAGAUGUUGGUUUUGAGAGAGGUGAUGAAAUGUAAGAAAGUCACAAUUUGACCUUUCUAUGUGGGUGCUUUUUUGGUUCACAUUGCGACUCUCAAGGAAUUUCUGUUAGAAACCAUGUAUUGGAAGACAAAUAGGUAGUUGGUUUAUGUACAAUGAUUAUUACAUUACUAAUCUGGCAUUAGAAUUUAA